AUGACAGGACCGACGACAAGACAUGUGGCUUCAUCAACAGUGGCCCGGCCAAAGGCGUCCCGUUCUGGGAGUUCGGCAUAUCCUGCCUGUGUGACGUAUAAGUUCCUCAACUCAGACCUUGACGGCUACUCAAUCAUCGGGUGCGGCGUAACGGAGGAAAUCUUCCAGAUUUACACCAACUCGACGGCCCCAACUACAACGACCAGCUCGACCACCACGACAACUACUACAACUACCACAACUACGACGCCCCCGCCGCCGCCGUCAACAAACGUGGGUGCCAUUGUAGGCGGCGUAGUCGGAGGAAUCGCGGGCCUCAUUGUGCUGUGCCUCGUAGGGUACUUCCUUUUCCGCUGGAGACAGAAGAAGAAGGCUUCGAAGCCUGGUGCCGAGCCGUCUGCUGCUACUGACAAUCCACCGAUGAUGAACGUUGGUGCAGCUGGCGAUGGCAUGGCGCAAGACUACCGUUACAGUGUGGCCAAAACCUCGGUGUCAGAACCGACGGGGAUGGGUUCACCGACAUCGCCAUAUCCUCCGACCUUUAACGGAGGCAGCUCGUCGGUGUCGCCGCCGCCCAACUAUGGCGGGGGCUACUUCGAACCUCGGGAGCUGCCAACCACGCGGCCAGAUGGGGAGUUGCGAGAACUACCGGGAAGCCCACCCAUGGGUUGA